CAAAUUUUCACGGACUUGGGUAUCUAAUUUUAGUUUUGUCCCUUUAGCCCAGCAUCGUCGGUCUUUUGCUCUCUUCCAUCUCUCUUCAUCAUCGUCUUUUUCAUCCAUCACGUGUCUUCCCCUUCGCCGUUAACAUCUUCUCGCCUCCGCGUUCCCCUCAUUUUGCUGCCGUCCCUUUGUCCAGAUCCGCGCUGUCUAAAUUCGUACUCUCACAUCACUGUAAAACACUCAUUUAAUACCUCUAUGUGAAAGUAGUACAACUACUCUGGAUGACGGACUUUUCCACUGGCUCUGACUCAUCUUGCAAUGACGGCAUAACCGUGGAAGAGUGCCAGGGCAUGAUUCAAAGGAGCCUCAAAUCUCCAUUAGUCAGAUUUUUGAGGGAACAUUUGGAGAAAGCUGGGUGUGGUGUGGGCGAUAAUUUUUUCAAAGCUGUCAAUUGCGAGACGCAAACAGCCGGUGGUUACACUCAGGGAAAAGGGAUAGUGCUGUGCAGCAAUCAAAUAAGCUCUGAAGAUGAGGUUAACCAAGUUCUGAUUCAUGAACUAAUUCAUGCAUUUGAUGACUGUCGUGCUGCCAACUUGGAUUGGUCUAACUGUGCUCACCAUGCUUGUAGUGAGAUAAGAGCUGGUCAUCUAAGUGGUGAUUGUCAUUUCAAACGGGAACUUCUACGAGGUUUUAUGGGUAUACAAAGGCAUGAACCGAAAUGUAUCAGAAGAAGAGUUAUGAAGUCAUUAUCAGGAAAUCCCUAUUGUUCUGAAGAAGCUGCCAAGGAAGCUAUGGAAGCUGUGUGGGACUUUUGUUACAAUGAUAAGGAGCCAUUUAACAGUGCUUCGUAAGAAAAACUUCCACUUUUCUGGUAGGAACUUUUGAGGUGACCACAAAUGUGAUUCGAAUUCUAGAAUUAAAAAAUUUUUACAUUUAGCGAAAAUUUUAUAUAUCUGUUGUAAAUCCACAUGGAAUAAUUGAGAUAUCUAUACAAGCUUAUGCACUAAAUUACCA